UGGGGAGAGGGAACAAGGACAUAGCUUUCUCUUUUACUUUUGUGUGCAAUUUUUUUUUUCUUGGUUUUGUUUUCCACUUUCUCCCUGCUGGGUUUUGCUAGUUUUUGUGUGUUGAAGUGGAUUGAUAGAUUGAUUGGUUGAUUGAUUGAUUGAUUGUGUUGGUUUCGUUGGUGCUUCAAAAGAGGCCUCCUUUUUUUGGGGCUUUUUGGGUUUGCUCUUCUUCAUUCAAUUCAACAAGGUUCCUGUGAUCCUGAAAUUUUUCAGAGGAGGGAGCUCUGACAUUCGAUUCAGAUUCGUUCGAUUCUACUUCCGACCGCUCGUAACGAUUUCAAACUAAGAAGUUUGAGUAGAUAUGACGAUCGGUGACGUUUCCCCAACCAAAAAGAAGGGAAGCGCUGCGACAUGCAGGGAGAUCCGAUCCGAGACGGCUCCAUUAUUACCCACCAGAAAGCAAGACGACGAAGAAGAUGAGGCAGCGUUCCACGAGUUCAACGCCGCGUCCUUCUCUGGAGCGGUGUUUAAUCUCUCGACGACGAUCGUGGGGGCCGGGAUCAUGGCUCUGCCCGCGACCAUGAAAGUGCUCGGUUUGAUACCCGGGAUCGCGAUGAUCGUCAUCGUCGCGUUCCUAACCGAGGCUUCGAUCGAGAUGUUGAUUAGAUUCAGCAAUGUGGAUAAGGUCUCUUCUUACGGGCUUUUAAUGGGGGAUUCCUUCGGGAAGAUCGGGAGGAUCGUGCUGCAGUGCUCGGUUGUCGUGAAUAACAUCGGCGUGAUGAUCGUGUACAUGAUUAUAAUGGGUGACGUACUUUCCGGGACAUCCUCGAGCGGCAUUCACCACCCUGGCAUCUUGGAAGGAUGGUUCGGCGCGCACUGGUGGAACGGCCGCACCUUCGUUCUUCUACUCACAACUCUCCUUGUGCUCGCUCCGUUGACGAGCUUUAAGCGCGUCGAUUCAUUGAGAUACACGUCGGCCUUAUCGGUCGGCCUCGCGGUUGUAUUUGUCGUCAUCACCGCGGGCAUCGCCGUUGUCAAAUUGCUGAGCGGGACCGUGUCGAUGCCGAGACUGUUUCCCCAGCUCACCGAUUUGUCCUCCGUGUGGAAUCUCUUCACUUCGGUCCCCGUUCUCGUCACCGCCUACAUCUGCCAUUAUAACGUUCACAGCAUCAACAACGAGCUCGAGGACCGGUCGCAGAUCCGGCCGAUCGUGCAAACCUCGCUGACGCUUUGCUCCGUCGUCUACAUUGCGACGAGCUUCUUCGCCUUCCUCCUCUUCGGCGACGCCACCUUGGACGACGUCCUCGCCAACUUCGACUCGAACCUCGGAAUCCCGUUCAGCGCGCUCCUGAACGACGUGGUGAGACUGAGCUACGUCGUCCACAUCAUGCUCGUCUUCCCGAUCGUGUUCUUCGCCCUCCGGCUUAACUUGGACGGCCUCCUGUUCCCCUCUGCGCGGCAUUUGUCUCUCGACAACAAGCGAUUCGCGGGCGUCACUGCCGCGCUCCUCGCCGUCAUCUAUUCGGCCGCUAUUUUCAUACCGAGCAUCUGGGAUGCAUUUCAGUUUACCGGUGCGACCGCGGCCGUGUGUAUAGGGUUCAUUUUCCCUGCUUCCAUUGCCCUGAGGGAUCCUUACGGAGUCGCGACGAAGCGCGAUAAGAUCCUCUCCGUGCUCAUGAUCGUGCUCGCCGUGCUUUCGAACGCCGUGGCUUUGUACAGCGACGCGUACUCCAUCGCACACCGGAAACAAGAGGCGUGAUCGCGGCGUUUUAUCGAGUCCGAAGGAGUAUCAUCAAAUGCUUUGUUGUUUUGUUGAUCAUUUGUGGAAUGUGGAUUAUGAAAAGAAAAAAAGAAAAGAAAAUAAAUCAAUUCAAUGUGUGGGUUGAGUUGCAAUGGAAAUCAUGUAACAUAUAUGUGUAUUAAAGGAGGCUAUUUAUUCAUACAUAUGAAGCUUCUUGUUAUAAGAUGGAAUUGAGAUGUGUAGUGUAUUUGUAACACAAUACUAAAUUUUAUUUAAGAUGGUUUUGGUUCGUGCU